AUGGCACCCGCCAUACCUUCAGCCGAGCUACGACUCUCGUACCCCUUAUACGCCCUCGACUUCGACCCCGAGGAUGCGAAUCGCCUCAUAGUGGGCGGCGGCGGCGGAGCUGCCCGGAGUGGCGUUGGGAACAAGGUCACCGUGCUGGAUGCAUCCCACGAGGGCACGCUGCAAAUCGCCUCCGAGAUCGAACUCAGCCGCGACGAGGACAGUGUCAACACCCUCGCUGUCGGCUCCCGCAGGAAUAAUUCGCUUCUUUUCUACACGGGGAUAAACUCGGCGGAAGGAUAUCGGGCCGGGUCGGCGCCGCCGCGACAGGCACUAUCGGCCGCGCAAAAGGACGCCCAGAUCGCCAUCUUUGACAUCCCUGCCGCGACGAACAACAACCCGACACCCAAGCUCAGAGGCAAGGUGGAGCUUCCGAAGGAGGCUAUGGAUAUGGACAUAAUGCAGAUCUCGGAGGACGAGCACCAGUUGGUAUAUUGCGAUGAUUACACCAUCUACACUGUGGUCAUUAGCAAGACCACCACCAGUGGCCCACAUUCGGUCUUUACGAUGCCGAUCGAGGAGGCGAUCGGAGCCAAAGACCGCGCAUCAUUCCGGUCCAUACGCUUCCUUACCCCGACGUUCGUGCUGGCGGCCGCAAACGUGCCCAAGGCGGGCGGCGCAGUGCUCCAGGGCUUCCGUCUACCCAAGCCGGCCCGACCCUGGGCAAGGGAAGAAGAAAGGAAGGGAAAGCCCGGCUCGCUAUCUCAGCCCACCUUCCAAAGAGACAUCACGCGCGUGACCGGCAAGGGCCGUCCAGAAACUCUCCCCGCCGGCCACCACCCACCUUCAAGCCAGGCGACCACGCAAUUCGCCAUCGCCGUGACCGGGCCAGGACAGCUCCAUCACGCUGUACACGCUCGACCACCAAUCUAUCGGCGACAUCAACCUCAUCUCCAACCUCUACCCGAUCACCACCCUCAAGGGAAGUCCACCUCGGCCCCAUCUCCCGGCCUGGCCUUCUCCCCCUUCACACCGCCCUCCAAACCAUCCCCAACCACAACCCCCCACCUCAAACUCGCCUCCAUCGGCUCCAUGGCCAACACCUGCAUCAUCCACUCCCUCCCCCUCAAACCCCUCCCCACCACACCAACCACAACCACCAAACAAUCCCCGCGCUACAUCCUCGCCCUCGCCUCCCGUCGCCCCUCCCCGCGGAACCUCCUCCUCGGCUCCGCCCUCGUCUUCGCCCUCCUCGCCCUCCUCCUGCAAGGCAUCCUCGAAGUACGCGGCGCGUCCCGACCCGUCAUCGGCGCCCGCUCCUUCACCCCCGUCACCUGGCACCAGCCGGGCCGCUUCUACGGCGUAGCCCCUUCCGUGGGCGGCGGCGUGCUGGCCGAGUAUCACGAUCUUGCGUCGGCGGCUGCUGUUGGUGGUGGUGGGGGGAAGGAGGUGGAGAAGGUGGUGGUGUUGCACCACCAUGUUACGGAGGAGGAGCAGGAGGGGGUGCUGCGGGUGGAGGGGCAUGAUGAGGAGCGGCAUGGGCCGGCGAGGGGGUGGGAGGAGCUGGAAUGA